GGAGAGGGAGCCGGUGGCCCAGCCCAGCUGCAGGACUCCUGGCCAGCUCCGUCCCCCCUCCUCCACCUCCCUGCCAUCUCCUCCGACCAGCUCCGGUUCCCCAAGAAGCACGGCAGCCCUGCCCGGGCACUCCCAGCACGAGGGGGACCAAGGAUGCUGUGCUAGCAGCUGCUGAUGGUGCUCACCCUGCUCGUCUCCGUCUAUAAACUGUGCCGGUUCUUCGCCAUGUCAGGGACAGAGAGGCUGGUGGUGCCGGACUGCGUGAGCCAGCCGGGCUGGUGGGCAGGUGGGGGGAGCUCCAGGGAGCACCGUGAGGUUUCCCCCGGGGUGAACAUGGAUGUGCAGGUGGCCCUGGACCGGAUCCUGCCUGCUCUGCACCUGGCCAUCUCCUCCGCCAAGCAGGCGGCUGGCCCAGCGGAGCUGAGGAGGGCCCUUGCAGAGGUCUUCCAGCUGGUGGAGGAAGCCUGGGGGAUGCCCACGCUGGGGAGGGAUGUGGCCAAAGCGCUGUGCGAUGCGAUCCGCCUGGAGGGUGGCCUGGACCUGCUCCAGUCCUGCGUCUCCCAGCACCGGGCAGGGAGAUCACUGCAACCCGUGCACUACUGGCAGUUCGCAAACCCGUGGCCUCCUUUCACAAGGGCCCUGCAGUCUCUCCCUGUUACGCUGACCUCAUUGAGAGCAGGCGUCACGCCUGUCCAAGCGGACAGCAGAAUGGCAAUGUCCUGGACAUUAAACAGAUACAGUUCUCGACCAGCAUUAACUUACCUUGGGCUGUUGCUUGCUUUGCACCUCUUAUGCAGAGCAAAAGGGAGCCCCUGGUGCAGUGAUCCUGGGCUGUGCGUCCCGCGUGCUGUCACACCACAAGCUCCUCCAUCAGACCCAGAUGGGCUCUGCAAAACCAGCUUGUUGCACUGCAGCCAGGCAGCGUAUCUGGCAGUGGGGUCCGCAGGGAAAUGUUUGUUUCUCAUGCAGCAAACACCACUGAAAUCUGGGCGAGUUCACACACCAGCCAGUAUUCUCACUACUUGGAGAGCCAUCUGCCACUCACCUGACUGUGUUUCUCCUUUCUCCAGGGACCGGAUUGCUCGGAUUGGUCUGGGAGUGAUCCUGAAUUUAGCCAAGGAGCGAGACAUUCCCCAGCUGGCACAGAGCGUCUCUGGCAUCCUGGAGCAUAUGUUCAAACACACUGAGGAGACCUGCUUCCAGCUCAUCUCUGAUGGAGGCCUGGAUGCUAUCCUCUACUGGUGCCGCUGGACGGACCCCAUUGUGCUGCGUCACUGUGCCAUGGCCUUGGCCAACUGUGCCAUGUAUGGAGGGCAGGCCAACCAGCGCCUCAUGAUUGAGAAGAAGACGGCAGAGUGGCUUUUCCCACUGGUGUUCUCAAGGGAUGAUGAGCUGAUCCGCCUGCAUGCGUGCCUGGCCAUCACGGUGCUGGCCACCAACAAAGAAAUCGAGAAGGAGGUGGAGCGGUCGGGGACCCUAGCUCUAGUGGAGCCCUUCAUCGCCUCUGUAGAUCCAGGGCAGUUUGCAUGUGACAUGUUGGACAGCAGUGAUAACAGCCAAGGAAGGACAGCUGAUGACCUGCAGCGCCUGGUACCCUUGCUGGACAGCUCGCGGCUGGAGGCACAGUGCAUCGCUGCCUUCUACCUCUGCACAGAGGCUGCCAUCAAAACCAGGCAGAAGAAAACAAAGAUUUUCAGUGAGAUUGGGGCUACACAGAGCCUGAAGAGGAUAGUGUGCUACUCCACCAGUGGCACCACCUCUUCCCUGGCCAAAAAGGUGCUGCGCAUGAUAGGGGAGGAGGUGCCUCGGCGAAUUCUGCCCACUGUUCCCAACUGGAAAACCUUUGAGGUGCAGACGUGGCUGCAGCAGAUUGGAUUCAACAAAUACUGCCAGAGCUUCCUGGACCACCAGGUGGAUGGGGACAUACUCCUGCGAUUGACAGAGAAGGAGCUGCAGGAGGAUUUGGGGAUGGACUCCAGCAUCACUCGGAAGAGGUUUUUCCGGGAGCUGACAGAGCUUAAGACGUUUGCAAACUAUUCCACCUGCGACCGCAGCAACCUGGCUGACUGGUUGGGCAGCAUCGACCCCAAGUUUCGCCAGUACACAUACAAUCUGCUGACAUGUGGCAUCAACCGCAACUUCUUGCACCGUGUGACGGAGCAGCAGCUGCAGGAAGACUGCCAUAUCGACUUGGGUUUCCACCGCGUCCGCAUUCUCUCUGCUGCUAGGGAAAUGCUUCACUCCCCUAUAAUGCCGCAAAUUUCAUCCAAUGGGACUGAUGUAUUUAUCAGCUACCGGAGGAGCACUGGGUGCCAGCUAGCCAGCCUGCUGAAGGUCCACCUGCAGUUGCACGGCUUCAGCGUGUUCAUCGAUGUGGAGAAGCUGGAGGCUGGAAAGUUUGAGGACAAGCUGAUCCAGAGUGUCAUGAGUGCCCGCAAUUUUGUGCUGGUCCUCUCACCAAAUGCACUGGAUAAAUGCAUGGGAGACCCUGAAUGCAAGGACUGGGUGCACAAGGAGAUUGUGACAGCCCUGAACUCUGGAAAGAAUAUUGUGCCAGUUACAGACCAUUUUGAGUGGCCUGAUCCACAGACACUUCCCGAGGACAUGAGAGCUGUCCUGAAAUUUAACAGCAUCAAAUGGUCCCAUGAAUACCAAGAGGCCACAAUUGACAAAAUCAUCCGCUUUCUCCAGGGCCGUUCCUCCCGGGAUUCUUCGGCUGGCUCAGAGAAUGGCCUGGACUGCUUGCCCUCUCUUGGACAGACCUAGAAACAAGACAGCUACCUCAUUCCCUCCAGAGAUUUUCCAGGUGACCCCCUUUCCAGUGGGGCCAAAUCUCUCCCUUUAGACCUUUCCCCAUCUUAGU